AUUAUGAUAUUGAUUAAUGCUAGUAGACAGAUUGCCUUAAACAAACAGUCCAUACAGGCGAAAUCGUAAGCACUAAUGUUUCGUGGGCCGACAAAAUUAAAGUGACUUAAUCGAUUUAUCAUUCAAUAGCCACGUAACAAAAAAUCGCUACAAAGCUUAGGCAAAGUAUAAUUUUCAAAUAUCUGAACUGAAUCUCAUAGCCUCUCCCCUUUGAUCUUAUAGAGAUGUGUAGAAAGAAACCAGCAAUGAACCAAUGUAUUUUUUGAUUAUUACUGAAACAUAGUUUCUGAAUACAUGCUGACGAGAAGUACACAGUUAAUAUGAAAAUCAACAACUAUAUCAUUCAUUAUUAAUAAACACUUAUUUAUUAUUUUUAGUGAGUUUACGUUGAUAAAAAACUUGCACCCCUUUAUAGGCUUAAUAACAACUGGAGAUGUGUUUGAAACUUGUUGUCUCGUAACUUUUCAAGGGCCUCAAAAAACGCUAUUUACAAUCGGGCACCGAUUUAUUAUUCAGCAUAAUUUAAAUUAGGUAAAAAUAUGGAUCUAAGUACAUUUAGAUUGAAGACUAUGAAUCUCAUAAUCAAGCUAAAAUAUCUUCAAUAUUUUAAUAUUGGAAAUCUUAUUAUAGAUACGAGGAUGAAAAAAAGCGUUAAAAUAUUUUUUUAGUAGAUAAUUUAAAAACAGUUUUAAUCUAACUGUCAGCAAGUUGUAAAAAUAAAAGAUUAUUAUUAUACACUAUUUCUGCUUUUAGUCCAACUAUUAAAACUACUGGGAAAACAUCAACUCUAAUCUUUAAUACGUUCAUUUACGGCUACAAGAGGUUAAACACUGUUAUAUUUUAUCGACUUUUUUAAUCGAAGUGAGACACCCAGGUUGAUUCCUUCAGUCUGAACAUAGAAGCAAGAUACAAGAUAUAAUAUGGGACAGAGAAUAUAGCUUAAUUAUAAUCAAUCUAUGAAAUUUUGAAAAAAAUAGCUAAUUUAUAUCACCUUAAAACAAUCCCAUAAAUGAGAUCUAAGAGCCAAGAAGCUCAAAAUCACGAUAAAAUUCCAAGCCAUUCAAAAAAUUUACCUUGUCCAAAUGAAGGAAAGGAACUUCUGAAUUUCUAUCAUCCGAAACAAGAGCGGCUAUAUCCACAAUCUGACGAUUCUGGAUCAACUGGUGUAGUAAACUUAUCAGAUUCUUGGAAUAUCGACUGCAAUCGUCCAUAUAUGAACACUAAUAGGAAAAGCGUAAAAAAAAACUGUUUGUCAAGUACUAACAUUGACAAAAAUUCCGUUAUCACUUAUGAUUCUACAAAGAAAAUAAAUGAAAAACACCUCGUAGAGAACAAAUUUAACCGAAGUCGAACAAACGAAAAAAUUUGCAAUAGAAUUCAAUCUUUCGAUAAAGAAAGAGCGAUAAACUUGCAUUCACCUAAUAAUGGGCAAGUGAAUUUAAGUAAUUUAGAUUCCACUAAAUCAAAGAAUUAUAUAAGCUCUGCUAGAAAGGUCAAACAGUCUAUUGUUCCAAAAUUGCGAAUGAUUGAGGUUGGAAAUUCUAUGAAGUCAUCUAAAGACAACAGUGAAAAUUGCAUUGAUAAACAACCUACUGAUAUCACAGCACGUAAAUUCAAUGAAUUGGCAUACAUGGCCUUACGUAGCUCUGAUAAAAAUGGGACGAAGAGAAAAAAAAACUUAGAAGCCGAUUCUAGAGAAUUAGAAAAUUUUGACUUGUAUAACAAGCCUAAGUUGCCUAAAACAGAUGCUGAAAGAGCAAAAGCAAAGCCCUUAUUGACAAAUAAACAAGCGAUUUCAAAAAACAAGAAACGACAUCUAAAAGACUCUUCUAUUGUUUCUUCAAGUGUUUUGUUUCUUCAGCAAAUAUGUAAUGACCAUGCUUCCAGCUAUGUAGAUACCGAUUUGCCUACUUCGCCAACAAAAAAACGAAGCCAGAUGUCAGAUGUUCGCAAUUCAUCGAUAAAACUGCCGUCUAAUCAAAUGGUGUAUCAAAACACUAUUGAAAAUGAAGAUGCGGUACUAUUACUAGAUUUUGUUGAUUCAGUCACUUCAUCUGUAUCUCAGUAUAGCAACCUUAACUCUAAUCCAGAGUCGCUUGCAGAUAUACCUUCGACUGAAACAAAACACACACAGCGAGAAGAUGACACCGAAAAUAACUCGGAUGAGACAGCAACCUCCAAAACCUUACUUAAUUGCUCAGAUAAUUCUUCUAAAAAGUCAUAUACCAAAGAUCGAAAGUUUGAUCCGUAUAUUUCAACUUUAGUUAAACCAGGUGUUCCAGAAGGUCAUUCGAGUCAACCUGUCGAUAAAUCUAUAAAUUUUGAUUCAUAUAUGCCUCCUCCUACCGGUCAGAUGGCAUUGUCUAUAAACUCUGAGAAGUUAGGACGAGAUUAUUAUAAACGCUGUGCCAAUCAUAUCAAAAUUGCUUAUGCUAUCUGCUACCAUAGAGAUCAAAAAUUAUUUAGAAAUCUGCCUUCAGACAAUAGUUCUAAAUACAAGACAGACCACAGUUUUAUAUCCACCCAGUCACAAAAUAGCACUCUACAUUUAGAGGACCCAAACUCAAUGCACGUAAACGAUGGCGACAAUAGAAACAUUGCUAGUCUUCAACAAAAAGAAUCUAUAUCUUUUAAAACAGAGAAUACAAGCGUUAGCGAUAACACUAAUGAGGCCUCCUUACCAGAUAUGCUAAACCACGACAAACCCCAUCCAGAAGCGUUGAAUUUGCUACCAAUCGAGGAAAUGUCACGCUUUCAAACAGCGAUGCUUCCAGAAAUGAAAUGCUUCCCUCCUCCUUCUGAUGACUCAGCAUACAUUAACAAUUUGCGAAUUCAACAUUGCAUGGAACAGGAGCAAAAUGACCCUCUUCUAAUAUCAAAUAUACAGGCUUAUCAACAACACUUAUUAAUGCCACAUAAUUCAAUUGUCCCUGGUGUAAUAAUGACAGUUCCUAGUAAUUCUCUGUCAACCUUAAACCUGAUGAAUCGUGGACAACCAACUGCCUCAUUGCAACAAAAUUUGUUAAAAGAGCAACCUUUAUUCAAUGGUUCUUUCAUUAUGAACGCUUCAAGUAACGUCAUGAAUAAUUGUAAUUCCGGCCAAAUGGGCAUAGCCGAUUGCACUGCAUUUCGUUUUCCUAGAUCCAGCAUGAAUUUGCAAAAUCCAAUUCAGUUGCAACUACAUCAGACACAAAUUCAACAAACACAGCUUCAGCAGUGCAUAAACUUUGUUGCAAAUGUAGCCCAUGUUGCACCUCCACAAUUGGUACUCAAGAAUGGAUCGUGGGUUUCAGUUCGUUGUCCCAAUACUUCAAAUAAAUAGGGAGUACAUUUAGCAUGUUAAUACCCAAAUUCGUUAUAUUCUAGCUGUGAAGUGAAAUGUUAAUUUUAGAUAUUGUUAAUAAAAAACAGAACCUGCUUUGCUUUACUUUUCUAUCACACGUCUCUGUCUGGCCUCAAAAUAGUCCAGGAUGGUAUAAAUACUUUUGGAGCAUUAGUAUUGGAGCAUCGAAUUUUUUUAUUAAACGACAAGAGA